CUGCCUGUCGUGGUGACGACCUGGGACAAAUUUUGGCCUGGCUGCCCUCAGGGCAGGGAACCACGGUUUCGAAACCAGCAAAAUUCCAAAAAAUGGAGAUUAUGCGGGUCCCUCACAACCCAACAACCCACCCCCAUCCCUCUCUCCCUCUCUUGUCGCAUAUUUAAUGCCUUUAGCAAUCACCCGUCAACGGGAUCUUCGUUACCUUUCCUAUUUUUUUUCUUGACUUUUUGUACACCUCGUUAUAGGUCCUAUGUCGCUUGUGCCAUUUGCUUUCGUUGGUUUCAUGGAGACUGUGCAGGCCUUAGUCAGGUAGACGCGAAGGAAACUGACGGGUGGUCAUGUCGGGAAUGCAGUCUGCUAACUCAGAAAUCACAUCAGGAUCAGAAGAAACCUUAUGGAUUGACCGGUUGGCUUUCCAGGUUUUAUGUUGGUUGCGAGAGUUGCAAAGAUUGGUUCCACCCACGAUGUGUUGGUAUCACAAAAGAAGAGGCCGAGGCAAUGGCUGAAUACAUGUGCCCCACAUGUGUCGAGGCUCAAAUCGCUCAUGGUUACGAAUCGACGAGUAGUUCGGCUAGCGGAAACCGUGCUACUUUAUGCCGUGCUGAUUAUGCUCUUAUUUGGCGUCUUCUGGAAUGUGUAAAUGACCACGAAAUGUCGUGUCCAUUUCGGCAACCUGUUAGCCUGGAGGAAUUUCCGAAUUAUUUGGAUGUCGUUAAGAACCCAAUCGAUCUGUCAAUAAUCCAGAAGCGCUUAGAGACUCUUGAAUAUCAGCGCUUGAAGGACUUUACUGCGGAUAUGUCACGGCUAUUUGAAAAUGCAAAAUUGUUCUACGCUCAGGGCAGUGAUGUCUAUAAAUCUGCUGAAACUUUAGAAAAACUAUUCGAAGAUGCGUUAGCUGAUGUCCGAGCCGAAAUUGGUGCCCGUGAUAAUGGAAGGAAAGUGAGCCAAAUAAGCUCCAUUUCCUCUCUGGUGGAGCCCGGCAACCUACCCGUGAGUAUACCUAGCCCAACGUUCAGAGCCCAGCAAGCUAUACGUCGGUAUCAAAGUGCUAAACACACUUUGAAAAAACGGGACUCAUUCCCCUAA